CUAGCCGUUGGGUAAUGGGUACCGAACACCAUUACGUGCCCUUUGGUAGAGAGGCUUUGGAUUCUUUUUCUUAACGGUAAGCAAACAAAAGCAAACUAACCCUCCAAUCCAAACAACAACACACCCAAUGCUUGCUUAACGUUACCGAACAAAAUUCUGACUACGACCCUUCGCCUAAGCUUAUUACUAACUAUUUCAGGACAUUAAUUCCUCACUCACUCACUCACUUCAAAUUUCAAACCAAAAACACACAGUAACGAAUUUAAAAAAAUAAGUGAAUACCGAAAAUGCCCAUAGCCACGAAGCUUGUUGAGUCUCGUGCUUCUGAAGUACCGCGAGCUAUUCUAAAACCAGGCGGAAACAUAGUAACGGUUCAUGAAGAAACAAUGAAAUGUAAGAAGAAGAAGAAGAAAACACAGGGACCAAGGAAACAAGUGCCACCGGAAAUUUGUGAUACCGUUGUUGUCGGAAGUAAUAAGGUGUCUUCGGACAGCACAUGUUCCUCGGAUUCAUCAUCUUCUUCUGGUAAUUCAGUGGUCAAAAAGGUCAACUCUGAGAAUGGAAAUGGAAGAAGUGAAAAGAUGAAGCGCAACACCUAUGGUUCCCACGUGUCUCCGGCUCAUAAGGACUCAGCACCGUCCAAGAGAUGCGAUUGGAUCACACCAAAUUCUGACCCUCUUUAUACUUGUUUCCAUGACAAAGAAUGGGGUGUUCCAGUUAUUGAUGAUGAUAGAAAGCUAUUUGAGCUUCUAGUAUUUUCACAAGCAUUAGCAGAACACACUUGGCCAGCAAUUCUUAACCACAGAGACAUAUUCAGGAAGCUUUUUGAAAAUUUUGACCCCUCCUCAAUUGCUCAGUUUACCGAGAAGAAUUUGGUAACACCAAAAAUAAACGGUAAUCCUUUGUUAUCAGAACAAAAACUCCGUGCCAUUGUGGAAAAUGCUAAACAAUUACUUAAGGUUCAGCUGGAGUUUGGUUCAUUCAGCAAUUACUGCUGGAAAUUUGUUAACAACAAGCCAAUAAGAAAUGAAUUUAGAUAUGGUCGUCAAAUACCUGUGAAGACUCCAAAAGCAGAACUCAUUAGCAAGGAUAUGAUGCGCCGAGGUUUCCAAUGUGUUGGACCCAAAGUAGUUUAUUCGUUCAUGCAAGUAUCAGGACUCGUUAAUAAUCACUUAUUAACAUGUUUCAGGCACGAAGAAUGCAACAUAACAAUCAAAAACGAAAUUAAAACCGAGGUUAAGGAAGAACAAGUAUAAAAUUUGAACUUUGAAGUUGACACAGAUUGUCUAAUUGAAGAUGAUAUUUAAAGAUGUGGGGUUGAUUGUAUUACUGAUUAUUGCAUAAUAUGGAUUAUGUAUUUGUUUAUUCUUUGUUAAUCUGUUUGUAAUUGUAUGGCACCUAACCUAACCAGAAAAUGAUAGGUCUUAUCUUGUUUUUUUUUUAUGUCCCCACGUGAAAGUGUAUGUUUCUUUUGGGAUACUUGCUGAUAGGUUCUGUUUCUGUGUGUUCUGUAAUAAAUUUCCAACUUUAUAAAUGCAUUAUGUACAAUUCAUAAUGCUUCCAUGUC